GCAACGAAAGGAAGUGGGAAGGAGGGAUCAGUGGCUGGCAUGGUGUAUGGAGGUGGUGUGGAGAGGGUAAUCGUUUUUGUUGUACGCCUUAACUACUCCGAAGACGGGGGUUUUCGUUUUCAGUCCUGUCCGUAACCACAAUAAGCCCGAGAAGGGCGCACGAUUUUAACAUUGUCGCCGCUUGAGUCUAAAUUUGGAACGAGUAUUUUUACUUAAAACUGCACACCUAGGUGUCAACAUCGAUUGUCAGGUAGGGAAGUGUAGACUAAGAUCCGGAAGAACUCGCUGUACAGGUUCUUUGAAGACAAUUUACUCAACGAAUUCUAUGGACUCACGACUCGUAAACUAAGUUUUCUAACAAGUUACAUAAUCUGACAACGUCCAUCAAGAGAAGUAUAAUGGAGGACUUGAAGAAAAAAAAGCUGUAUGUCUUGAUGGAUGUACUGUGCGUGAUAGUGGCUUCGUUGCCCUUCAUCAUCAUGACGCUUGUUUUCCGGCCUUACAAGAGGGGUGUGUACUGUGAUGAUGAGGACAUCAAGUACCCCCUGAAGCCAGACACCAUCACGCAUGCCCUUCUGGCCGCAGUCACCAUCUCCUGCACUGUCGUCAUUAUAUCUUCAGGGGAGGCCUACCUGGUCUACAGUAAGAGGAUCCACUCCAACUCUCAGUUCAACAGGUAUGUGGCAGCGCUCUACAAGGUGCUGGGUACCUUCCUAUUUGGAGCAGCUGUCAGCCAGUCAUUGACAGACCUGGCCAAAUUCACCAUUGGACGCCCACGGCCCAAUUUUAUGGCUGUCUGCAACCCCAAGGUCUGCAAAGGCUACAUGCUGGAUAUCAACUGCACCGGCGACCCACGUGACGUCACUGAGUCCAGGUUGUCUUUCUAUUCCGGACACUCCUCCUUUGGGAUGUACUGUAUGCUGUUUUUGGCUCUGUACGUCCAGGCGAGGUUGAGGGCCAAAUGGGCCAGACUCCUGCGACCCACAAUCCAGUUCUUUCUGGUGGCCUUUGCAGUGUACGUUGGCUACACCCGUGUGUCCGAUUACAAGCACCACUGGAGUGACGUUCUGGUGGGGCUCCUUCAAGGCGCUCUCAUUGCCAUCCUCACAGUGCGGCAUGUAUCAGACUUCUUCAAGCAGCGUCCUCCCCGUUGCUCCAGACCAGAGACGGCUGAGAAUGAAGAACUGGGGCGCAAACCCAGCCUCCAGAUCGCAGACGCCGAGCACAAUAACCAUUAUAGCUACCCAAGGCCUGUGUGAGAGGGACUGACCCAGGUGGCCCUGGACUAUAUCAACCACCCUCACAACAAACUCUCACAAACCACUGGACUGACAGAGGGGGCUCCGAACCCUCUAUGCCCUUGGAGCACAGCUCCCUUCCAAAAACAUGACUCACUCUCCCUAUGAGUGCGAGAAGAAUUUUGUACUGAUGUUAUAUGUUGGCUUGUUUUUUAAUAUAUCCAAAUUGUGUUUUUAUGUAUUUUUUAAGCAAUGGUUUAGGAGAGAAUACAGGACAUUCAGAAAACAAAGAAAGAGAGAGAAAUUCCAUUCUUUGAGAAGAUGUCUAGAGUUGUCUUAUUUUAGUGCACCUUAUAGCUGUAAUCAGAAGUAAUCAGAACUUCAGUGGGAGUUGGGAUUGAUGCUGGUGAAUGUUUCACCUAUGUGAAAUGGACCGCAGACCGUUAGAAAUGGGGAUAUUGAUUGUGUAAGCUUUGUGUGUUCAUGAGUUAUAUACCACUAAAUCAUAAACUAUCACUGCAAAAGUUUGGCACAAAUAUUUUAGAAAAUUUGAAAUUACUAAUAUAACUGCAAAUGAUGUGCAUUUUGGCCCCUUUUUUAAAGAAUAUAUAAAAAUGUAAGAGAAAAAUAAUGUUAAUUAAGAUGUUCUAACAGUAACAUUUCUCCUUUGACAAGAAUCAAAGGUAUUUGGAAAGUGUCUUUUAAUUUAUUUUAUAUUAUAGAUUUACUUUAUUCAUAAGGUUGGAAAUUCAGUUGCAGCUAAAUAUAUUGAGACCCGUACACCUUUCUUAAAUAAUUCCUUAUUUCACAAAUACAUUGAAGGAAAUGUCCAGUCUCCACACCUUAUUGAAUUUUCAGCUUUGUUUAACCUAUUUUUUUUUAAAUCAAUAGCUGGUUCUUUAUUGAACAGCCUUUGGCCAAGAUAACUGCAGAAAAAAGCUUUAAGCUUUCUACACCUUUCUGCUGAUAAUUUGUCCAACUCUUCAGCACUGCUUAACUUUUUGAGGAAUUCCCUCCACCAACUGCUGUUUACAGCUUGCGCCAUAGGUUAUGGAUGUGAUUCAGAUCUAGACAAUUUCUUGGCCACUUCAGAACGGUCCAGUGUUUCUUAAUCAUUCCAGAGUGCCUUUGAUGUGGUUUUGUUUAUGUUGUCCUGCUGGUGGAAUUAUUUGACAGUACAGAUUAGCACUGCUUACCAACGUUUAAAUCAAGUAUUCAAGAAAAGGGAAACCCUCCGUUCAAGCAUUGAGGCUACAUAUUGCUGUGGGCUUGAUUUGCUGUCUUGUUCUGAUGGCCUUGAAUGUGUGCAAGGCAUCAUGAAAGUCAUUAAGAGCAUCCCUCAACUACUCAAAUACCAUUUUGGUUAAAAAUCCUAUCACAAUCGAUGGAUAUUAUAAAGGUGGUUUCAAUAUUGUGUUUAAAAUGCAUUCUGGGACUUUUGAGAGUAACAAACUAUUGAAACCUCCCAAUGUGAGCUAGAUGUGUAAUAAUGCUGUAUCUUCAAGAAAUAGAAUCACUAUCAUACCUCCGUUAGCCAUGAAAUUUGAAGCCAUGAAGUUUGAAAGCGAGUAGUUUUGAUAAAAUGGGGCACAUAUUAGCACAUACAAGACAAACACAUAAAUCCUGGAAUGCAUCUUUAGAGAAAACCGGGAAUUAUUUAGGAAAUGUACAAGGUUACCAGUUUUUUGGCCCUAACUGUAUCUAUUUUGUUAGCAUUGUUUAGUUAUUCAUAGGUUACACCUGCCUACACCACAGGGGGGCUUGGAAAUACAACAACGUUUUUUGAAUAGCUCAAAUUUAAUAGACUCCCCGCCAUAUUAACUACAUAGUUUUUGUUAUACUGCAUCAAAAAAGUUUGGUGACCUCAAUAUGAUGACAAAAGGUUUAGCUACUCUUUUUUGUUUGCCUUUAGAGAUGGUAUCUUGUUUUCAAGUCAUAGUAAUGCACUUUAGACCAAAUCUAAUCAGCUAAUUGAGGGUGCAUUUUGUAGAUUGCUCAGUUGGACAUCAGCCCCGAACCAAACAUUCAGAACAGUGUUGUGAGGACAUAUAAAUCAAUGUAGUGUGCAAAAACAAUUACCCCCUGCUAGCCACUAUGAGCCACAAAUACUGUAUCUGCUUAUCAUGUGACAUUUUUCAUAGUGCAUGGCGAAUGUGUGUAAAUAUGCAUGUGAGUAGGUUCUUGUGUUUUUUUUUUUUCUUCUGUGGCCUAUGUCAAACCAGUGUCUUCUUGGACUAGAGCCUAUAAAGAAAGCCACAAAAUUAUUUGUUUCCAAGUUCACGGCAUGAACCAAAAGCCUCAAUGGGCCUUUAAGGGUUGCCAUGAUAUGGAGCAUCAUUGUAGUCAUUUAUUGAAAGUUGGUAUACUGCUUUAUGCAAAGUUCAAAUGUUUCCUUUUUUGUGUGAAGGGAGUAAUGGGACUAAGUAGUGAAGAACUCCUUCACAGUGACUAAGUCCUUCUUGGCACCGGAGGACUGACGACAGAUCAAGUCGGCUCUCGUAAACAGAGGCUCAUCUGGUAGUGAUUGUGAGACUCGGAGGGCUUACUCUGACCUGGAACUGUGGAAUGGCCAGGCCCUCAGUGCAGACUUUUGGAGACGUGGUCCCUCGACUUCAAGACUUUUAAAGACUUUGCUUUGAAUUCCAGAAAUGAGAACCACCUGGCGUUUUGUUGUUAAUCAUCUUGCCUGUGUAUUACCGAAUCACUCUGCCUAAAUGUAACCAUAAAACAGUAGUAUGAAAAUGUUAUGUGUUUCAGUGACAUCCAGGUUUCCAUCAUCAAAGGCCCUGGUUAGCUUUUUUCUGUGUAGUGCGCUAGCCUUGUUCUUGGUAGUAGUGUUACCUAAUGGCACUACUCCCUUUAGAGGAUUGGUUUCUUAGAAUGUGUCUGGGUUGGCCGUUUUUUGUAUGUCAACAUUAUGCUGUUCUAUUCACUCAUCCUUCUAUUCAUAGCUGUGUCCGUAUACAUACACAAAAGGAUUUAAAAAUAAAUAUAGAAUGUUCUUGAAGAAGUCUACGAAGAUAGCGUUCAUCAGGGUUUGACCUUCGAUGUGUGCAUCUUGUCAUACAUUCCGUUCCUCAUUUAAACCACAUUUAGUGUUUUGUAGUAUCGUUAAUAUCUGCUGAAUAAUGGAAUACUAGUGUUGGACAUUUAUUUCUCCCCAGAAAUUGUAUAUGUCCACACAGUUGCAUUAUUAUGGUGCAUCCUACUUAUUUGUUAACUAAAGCAUCUUGUCAAAUUGACUGAGAUGAGCAAAGGUUAAACACGAGCGGAAAUCACUCUGUGCUUGUUGGGUGAUUGCCCUUUACUGGCUCCAGUCAAUUUAACCACAGGAGGCCGAUAAAGUUGUUCUUUAGAAUUUCUGUAUAUAUACAUCUAUAUAAUGCUUGCAGAAAAUGUUUCAGAUCCAUUCACUUUCUCCACAUUUUCUUGCGUUAAAGAAAUGUUUUAAAUGCAAAAUUUUAUCUUCAAACUACAAACCUGUUUCCAAAAAAGUCUGGACGCUGUGUAAAAUAGAAUUUUAAAACACAAUGCAGUGGUGUGCAAAUCAUUUAAUCCCUUUUUUUUUUAUAUAGUACAAAGAGAACAUAUCAAAGGUUGAACCAGAGAAAUUGUAUUGUUUUUUGUAAAAUAUAUGCCAAUUUCGAAUUAGAUGCCAGCAAUACGUUUUGAGAAGGGGCAAGUUUUUUACGCAGUUGCAUCUCUUUAACAAUACUCUAUAAGCGUUUUGGAACUAAGGUGACCAAUUGCUGUAGUUCUGAAAGUGAAAUGUUUUCCCUCUCUUGUUUGAUGUAGGAUUUCAGCUGCUCAACAGUUCAUGGUCUCGUUUGCAGUAUUUUAUGUUUCAUAAUGCGGCAAAUGUUUUCAGUGGGUGACAGGUCUGUACUGCAGGCAGGCCAGUUUAACACCCGGACUCUUUUUCUACAGA